UUGUGUUCCCCGGGAGUCGCCGACGAGUCCAGUCCCGGAGACCUCAACGACAGAGCACGCCGUUCCUGCUCGGCUUGGUUUGUUUUUUUUUCAAACAUCGGACGGCCAUUGGGGCGUCGUCGAGGGGGAGUGGCAGAGGAGGCGACACAUGAGCCGCAUAGUGUUCUACGUGGCGGACGCGUGUCAGGCCAGCGUCCUUCUGCGCGAGGGCGUCAUCCUGGCGCGGCCUGCCGUCAAACUGACGGAGGCAGAGCCGCCUUUUGACUCGCGACGGCUGCCCGUCGUGCUGUACCUUCGGCUGCGCCCCCGCGUGCACCAGAUGCUCCGGUACGACGGCGAGCGCCCCGUCUACUUCGAGUUCCAGUCGCAGGACGUGUGGGCCGUGAAGGACAGCUGCGGCCCGGGCUGCGCGCGCUGGCUCACCGCGCAGAACAUCUUCCUGUUCUCGCCCGCCUGCGGCUGCGGCAAGGGCAGCCUGCGCGCGCUCUUCCUGUGAGCCCAUUGGUAGCGGUGCGCGCUGGCUCACCGCGCAGAGCAUCUUCCUGUUCUCGCCCGCCUGCGGCUGCGGCAAGGGCAGCCUGCGCGCGCUCUUCCUGUGAGCCCAUUGGUAGCGGUGCGCGCUGGCUCACCGCGCAGAACAUCUUCCUGUUCUCGCCCGCCUGCGGCUGCGGCAAGGGCAGCCUGCGCGCGCUCUUCCUGUGAGCCCAAGGAUAGCAGCGCGCACCCUUCCUGUGAGCCCAAGGACAGCAGCGCGCGCUCUACCUGUGAGCCCAAGGACAGCAGCGCGCGCUCUACCUGUGAGCCCAAGGAUAGCAGCGCGCACCCUUCCUGUGAGCCCAAGGACAGCAGCGCGCGCUCUACCUGUGAGCCCAAGGACAGCAGCGCGCGCUCUACCUGUGAGCCCAAGGAUAGUAGCGCGCACCCUUCCUGUGAGCCCAAGGACAGCAGCGCGCGCUCUACCUGUGAGCCCAAGGACAGAUGCGCGCGCUGGCUUACCGUGCAGAACAUCUUCCUGUUCUCACCUGCCUGUGGCUACGGCAAGGGCAGCCUGCGGUGCUUAUAAUACGUAGGCACAUAAAAGGACAAUUAUAUUUUACCCACUUUUGUGUAGGUAAUUACUUAUUCAAAACUAAAUAUCGCUGUAAUAAUGUGUUUUUUUAAUAGUUAUUCCUGCUUUGGCAUGAAUACAUGUGUAUAUUCUUGAUUCAGUGUUGUUAAGGUCGUGUCCGAAUACACGAUGGUGCCUACUCUCAUUACUCACUCUCACAUUCUGGCACAUUUUGGUUAACUCUCGAAUUAGUUAUAUACUGCAUGUAUAAAAACCGUGUUUUCAACUAUUAUUUAAUACUGGCUGACAAAUUUUAAAACAUCCUUCAGGUCUGAAAAACAUAUUUAGGGUUUACAACGAAUUGUUAUCUUAGGACUGAUUCUUCUAAGUUUAUAACCAAACACUUUUCAGGUUUCAGUCACAUAGUUCAUGUUAAAAUAAUGAAAUAUUAAUUUUUCAAUAGUUUUUUUCUUCAUUUAUUUUAUUUUCAUCACAAUCCAAACCUGAUUAUAACCUAAAAGUUUCUUCUACGCUUCGAAAACCAAUAUGGCUUCCUAAAGGGAGCGAGAAUGUGUAGCGAGUGAACACUUCGUUCAAUCACGUUUCCGUCUUCCCUCCUUUGAUUUGGGACAGGUAGACUUGCCAAGUGAAACGAAUUUUUCUUAGUUUUUACAGAUUCAUAUGUACGGUCACUACUUUAGACCAAUGUAAUUUUUAAACAGUUUAGUGGUUGAAUUAGUUCAUUACUGCAUACGUUUGUCAAUUGUUUUGUAGAGUGUAUAUUUUGGCGUUGACUUUAUUGCGUCUGUUUAAUGUUUUAUUUAAUGUAUAAGUAAGUGUGGUUACUGAUUUGUGUGCCUAGAAGUUGUAAGCACUGAGGUAUACCACUCACUCUGUGACGUCAAAGAAUUGGCGAGAGUGUGAUCUAUGAAUAAGUUGGGACACGGUCUAUAUAAAUGCUGCGGAAUAAUUCUGUAACAGUAUCUUAAGCCUGGCUCACUUCAACAAAAGUGUUGGUGCAAACGCGAAACAGCACGUGUAAAUUUUAUCUAGUGAUCUCUUAAUUCAUAUAUAUAAAGCCAGUAAGAGUUUUUUUUCUCGACCAUAAAGUUACAGAUGUCUACACUUCCGAGCUUAUUCCUAAAACUUACUUAUCGGUUUAGACUUGGAAUUCGCAGUGCAAACAUAAACCAGUACCAAAUAAAUAUAGAGAUAUUUCACGAAUGCUAAUACAUAAAAGGGCCCGUGAAUCAUGGAAUCCAAGCAAAAGGGUUACGUUACUACAAUUCACUGAAAAUUGUGAGUUCAAAUCAAUGACCCCUAAAAUUGUUAUGAUGCCAUUUUCAAAUAUUUUAUUUUUUAAUAAUAAUAAUUCAAACUCAACAGUUGUGUGUAUUUCGCUGAAGUGAGUCAAAGACAAUGCGUUUUUGAAUGCAGAUUUUUCUAUAUCUUAUGUUUAGUUACUUGUUUUUGCUUAGAUAAUUGAGCCCAGAAUUAGUACAAGUUCUAUUUUCUGUUUUAAGAUAUCCAUCGUCACACCUUCACUAGGCUGUCUAGUUCUUUUUUUAUUUAUCUUCAAAAAGUUUUCAUUUAUUCAUACUAUAGUACUAAAAUAAGUUUCUUCCUGAUUCAAGUUGAAGACAGGGGAAAUUGCUCGUAGUUAAAUUACUACUACAGCGAAAAUUACUUAAAAAAAUUAUUUUAUUUUUUUUAUUCGUCUGAUUGUCUUACUGUGUGAAUUAUUUAUCUAACGGUUAACUGAAAUUCAGGGAAAGGUCUUUAAAUUUGCUGAAUUUAAAUUUCAUAUUUUUUUAAUAUUGCUUUACGGGGAAAAAUGUAUUAUUAUUUUUUAAUGUUGCAAUUGAGCGUGUAUUGAAUUUUGAUAAUUGAUUUAUUUCCAAAUUUUACAAUUUUCUUCACUUUUUAUAAUACAUUAAAUAACACAAAAACUGAUACACUGUGGUUUUUGAAAGUUAAAUGUAAUAUAAGAUAUGAUAUAAACUUCAUACAUUGUCAUAUAAAAUUUGUUUGUGAUAUAAUAAUGAUGUUGCGUAUUUUAUUGUAAAACUUUGUAUAUUUAAAUCUGUACAAAUUUUAUGGAAUGAGGAAAUUUAAAAAAAAAAAAA